GGCGGCCGCCGCGGCCGCGGCGGCCGUCGCGCCAGACGGCGGCCAGGGCGCAGCGCCGGCGCCUGCAGGGCCUGCCGACCCGCAGGAUGGCGACGUCCCUCCGCUGCCCGAGGAGACUGAUGAGCAGCGGAGGAGGCGAAAACGCCAGAACGGGAUCGACGCGAUCCGGCGCUCGGAGACCUACGCCGAGGCGGUGCGCCUAGACCAGCGAGGAGGAGUGGGGGAGCCCAUGCCGGUGCAGCCCUACGCGGAGAGCUUGGGGCUCGUUCCCACGUUGCUUCCUAAGAGGAAGUGGGAGGACGCCAACAAGCUGUGGCGCAGGGAGCUGGCGGAAUUCGUCAGCAGGCACAGGCAGCCUGAUGGAGUCCAGGCGCGCCAGCCCGAGGAAGUGGUGGUGAUCUACGACGACUAGCAGCCGCGCCGCCUGGACCCGAGCAGGCGUCGCCGGGGUGGACGAGCCGCUCCGCCCCACCUGGCCCAGCGAGCCGAUGUACGUCAACCCACUCACGUCGACGCCGUGGCGGUUGCGGCCGCUGGCUGCGGGGCAGCCAGAGCUUGCGGCCAGCAUGAGCGAAUUCUGAGCGCUGCCAGCCGGCGCCACCUUCACCUCC